ACCAUCCGAAAGACGUGACCUGGGGAGCGUUUCAUGAAAGGACUUGUCGGACGUUUUAUCCGACAAGUCCUGUUUUAUCCGACAGUUACCAUAGUAACAGUGCCUCACAGCCAAUCAAAAUCAAGGAAAGAUGUCAGAUCUGACAACUUGCCGGACAAAAAUCUUGAUGAAACGCUCCCCAGGGCUCGAACCUCUGCAUCAAUUUGUAACUUCCCCACAGCUUGGAUUACAGGCGCACGCCACAACGCCCUAAACUUCCUAAACGUAUCUUGACCGUAGAUGGCAGCAAUCCUUAGCUCGUCAACAUGGCGAAUUUCGAGGUACCGUCAUGGGCUGGUAAAGCUCCCGCUGGUCUCCAUCUUGAUGUAAUGAAAGAAGGAAAGAUGAUUGAGAAAAUGAUGGUGGAUGAGAAGAACUGUUAUUUCUUUGGUCGGAACUCGAUAGUGUGCAACUUUGUCCUUGACCAUUCAUCAUGUUCUCGUGUUCAUGCUGCUCUUCUGUGGCACAAACAUCUCAACAGGUCAUUUAUUGUUGAUCUAGGAAGUACCCAUGGGACGUUCCUUGGUUCCAUCUGUCUUGAAGUCAAGAAACCUCAGCAGGUUCCUGUUGACAGUGUCAUCAAGUUUGGCGCUUCAUCAAGAUCCUACAUCCUACGAGAGAAACCUCAGACGGUAUCAGUAGGAGUGAAACCAACCGAUGCUGACGUCCUCGAUAAGAACGAGGAUGAGAUGUCUACCGGUUUAUUAGGCUUGCCAGAGGAAGAGAAUGAACUUGAUAACCUAACUGAAUUCAAUACAGCACAUAACAAGAGGAUAGGAGCCAUAGGGUUUGAUGAGGCGCAAGAAUCACAAAGAGCUAAGAGGAAAAGAAGACAUUCGCACGUCUCAUUUGGUGAAGAAGACGAGGUCAUAAAUCCAGAGGAUGUUGACCCUUCCAUUGGAAGAUUCAGGAAUCUUGUAUCUGUGUCAGUCAUCCCUAUGAAGAAAAAGAAGAUAGAAGACACCUCAGGCCUUGUAGGUGAUCCAUCGGUGAAAACAAUGCAAGGAUUUAACUACGGUCGUAAUCUAUACGACGAUUUACCUUCAUCUGCCACCGACCUGGACACACCAAUAUCGCCAUCAUCCAGGACUCCGUUUGGAUCAAGUAGCACCCUCGGACUGUUUAAACCCCUCAAUCUAGCUCCAGAUGUAGAACAAGCACCACCCAUGCCGACCAUAAACAUUGCACCAACACCUGUACCUGUGGUGAAUAUUGGACCUGUAGGACCAAAGAAGAAGAAGUAUGCCAAGGAGGCGUGGCCAGGAAAGAAACAAGCGCCCUCGCUGUUGUUAUAGUGAGAAUUUAGCCUCAGCAAUGGACUGAUUUGUAUAUUAUGGAAUUCAUCAUGUCUUGACGGACAGUCGUCUGUUUAUUUUAUCAAAUUUACUUGUUGAGGCUGCAUCAGAGAAGGUUGUGGUCAGGCAUAGUAUCAUCAGGAGACAACGGCAAGUAUCGAGUUUAAUAGCCACAUCAGCAGACCGAUAAUAAUAAUAUAAUAAUAAUUGGUAUUUAUAUAGCGCUUUAUCAAUCUACAACUGCUCAAAGCGCUUCACAAUUAUUAUUACCCGGUCACUGGAUUCAUAGCAUUUUUAAGCAGCCUGUUAGGCGCACACUUGCUAAACCAACCACAAUGACGAUUGUUUCCUAGCGAUACCCAUUUAACAGCUGGGUGGAGAGUGGCAAAGUGUUGAUUGACGCCUUGCCAAAGGAUGCUAGGCCGUGGUGGGAUUCGAACACACGAACCUCUGAUUACAAGGCGAGAGUCAGAACCGCUACACCACGGCGCUUCCACAUAUACAUGUGGAAGAAAUAUAUGUAAAUGGAAAUGGGAGAAUGGACUGUCUGUCGCUUGUAUUAUGUAGAAUUACUACUACUAAAGUCUUUAGAAAUGAAAUUGUGCAUUGUCAGGUUUUAUCAUGUGAAAUAUUUGUAUAUUGUACAAAGCAUCAUCAGUCAAUCAAUUCAAUUUUGAAUUAGCUGCAUUCAAUCUCAAGUUCUAACAGUUGACAUACAUGUAUGUAAACCUUUUUUUUUAUUAGGGGCAUGUUGAAGUCUAUCAAAUUGGGGAGCAUUUCAUGAAAGGCCUUUGAUUUGUAUCUGACAACUUUGUUUUAUCUUAACAGUAGAUAGGAGUGCUUCUUAUCCUAUUGAAAUUUAAAAAAAACAAGGUUGUCAGACAUUACAAGUUCUCAGACAACAAUUGUUGGUUCAACAACUAUGGGAUCAAACACAUUUGAAAAUUAUGUUUAAAAAAAAAUAGGUCAUUGCUUAUUAAGUAUUGACAAGCAAGAUAUUUUUACUGUUUAAGGACAUUCACUGCAAAACUCCGGUGUUGAUUUAACACCAGCCCUGAGUAUGUAUGUCCACACCAGAGAAGUUUUGAAAUAACACCAGUUUAGAAUCAAACCGAUGCUGUUUUAAUACUAAUUGGUGUUGUAUAAACACCUUUCUGGUGUUAGACCAAAACAAAACUGGUGUUGUUUAAUAACACUUCUCUGGUGUGAAAAUAUAUAGAUUCUGGCCUGGUAUUAAAUCGACACCGGAGUUUUUGCAGUGUUCCUUCAUUGGGGUUGAGUUGAGAAUACAUUUGACUUCAUGAGGAUUAUUCAAUUUCAAACUCCCCCUCAUAUUGUUCUCGGUUUUGUUGCAGUCUUUUUUUGGGUGUUGUUCAUCGUUGAUCAUCCAGCUGAAUAAAUAAAUGAAAGCGUUUAAUUUACACGGUCA